AUGGCUGCUAUGGAUUCCGGCGUUCAGGGUUGCAUCUUAUCCGUUUUAAUUCUCCACGACGAGGAAAUAGCAGUGACCGCCGAGAAGAUCAGCGCUUUGUUGAAGGCCGCUAAAGUCUCCUUCGAGUCUUACUGGCCCAGCCUCUUCGCUAAGCUCGCUCAAAAUAAGAACAUCGAAGACCUCAUCUUGAACGCCGGUUCUGGUGGAGGGGCCGCCGUUGCCGUUUCCGCUCCUGCCGCCAGUGGUGCUGGUGCAGCUGCCCCUGCACCCGCUGCCGAGGAAAAGAAGGAGGAAGUGAAGGAAGAAAGUGACGAUGACAUGGGAUUUGGGUUAUUUGAUUAG